CCUAACAGAUCUCAUUUCCAAUCACUUGAAACCCUAGACGACAGACUUUCAAGAUUUGGUUCGUUCUUCAAUUCAAUCGCCGAAUUCUUGUCUGGAAGAUCAUGAACAGAACUGCAAUGGACGUGGGAUCGAAGCGCGACAAGACUACGAGGAAGACGAGGAAGGAGAAAGCGGUUAAGGUGGUUUACAUUUCGACUCCGAUGAAGGUUAAGACCAGCGCGUCCAGGUUCCGGUCGCUGGUCCAGGAGCUCACCGGACGCCACUCCGACACCGCCCGGAUCAUGGAGGCCAACGACGGCGCCACCGAUUUUGAAUUUGUCCCUGACCUUGCCGCCGCCGCCGGCGGCGACGACGGAGUGAUCUUCGGCGCUCUGAAGAAUGAAGGUCGUCACUCCUCGCCGUCGUUCUUCCGGUACCCGAUGGUGAAUAAUUCCGUCGAGGAGUCGCCGACGAGCUCCGAAUCGCUGGCGGAGCCGCCGUUGGACGAUCAGGUGUUCAGUUCUCAGGUGGAUGAGCAGUUUCAAGCCAUGUUCCCACUGGAUUUGUUUCUGGACCUUAAUUCUUCCGACCUAGAUGGUGAUGAUAUACUGGGAAGCUACUAGCUAUGAAGCCCUAUGAAAUAUUUUUUCCUUUUUUUACUUUUUCUUUUGUGCACUAAAAUCAAUUUUCAUAUGUUAAUAUUUAGUACAUAUUUUCAUUUUUCUUUUUUUACUUUUGAUAUAUCACUUUAUUCAGAGAUAUAUAAUCCAAUUUCUUCUACCA